AUAUUAUGCAUGUACAGCCUGUUACUUGAAUGCAGAUAUAAUUUCCACGUCGCAGUUUAAUCUUCCUAUUCUUCUGUAAAUUCGGAUUUGACGUGACUUGCCCUCGUGGACGAGAAAACUACUUAUAAGAGUGGACUUGCACAUUUUGAUCAUUCAUUGCAAAUAUUCCUUACCGUGAGGUCAAUCCACAUAUUUUGAUGGACUCGUUUUCACAGAUAAUGUCACAAUGUCACUUGGGCACGGCAAACGAAAUGAUGGAUUCGCCCGCUAACUUUUACGAUUGCGAAGCGGAAGAGAAAAGAUUCACCGUCAAACAAGAACAAUUUGAUGAAAUUGAGGAAACACAAGUUGGACUUGGUGAUCUUCUCCACUGCGAAAAUUCAAUUGAUCUUGGUGUAUACCUUGGAAGAACUGAUUCAAUUCCGCAAAACCAACUAGAAACCACCGGCGACGGAAUUCUCCGACAACUAGAAGAAUUCGCCUCGCACCAGCAGCAGAUGCUGACUCAAGCUCCUGCCCCAACCCCGGGCGCCCCGGCCCAGCCCAACCAGCAGUCCGUACAUUCCGUUGACCAUAUUCAUUUCGAAACGACAAUAAGCAAUAUGCCUCAGAAUACUCAGGCCCACAUUGAACAAUCGGUUCCUGAUUAUCAAUGGAUCAACAGUAACAGCACCAGUGCUGCCUCAAGCCCAGGCCUACCAACAGAUACAUUUGAUGAGCAAUCCCAAGAUGGUCAUACUCCGGUGCUUAUUUCCAGCGCAAACUCGGCUAGUGGUAGUGGAAGCUCCCAAAAUAAGCGAAAGCGGCCUGUCCCUACACCAGGAACAGAGGAGUAUAAGCUGAAGAGAGAACGGAACAAUAUCGCGGUGCGAAAAAGUAGGGAAAAGACAAAAGUGAAAAAUAGAGAGCUCCAGGACAAGGUUGGAGACCUUCAGUCAGAGAACGCUGCUCUUAAAAAGCGAGUUGAAGGUUUGACGAGGGAGCUGACUGUCCUUCGUAGCCUCUUUAUCAAUACCGGAAAGGCGGCUCCUGCUGCUUUGGAGAAAGCUGUGAAGUAAUGGAAGCCAGGAGCAAAGCUUGGACUGUUACUCAGUGGUAGCGAAAACCGACGAAUGCUCUUUUACUCGACAAGUCUGUUCUGUCUUAGUCCUCGGUUAAGAUCAUCAAGGAGCAUUUCAGCAGUAGACUGCUAGUCUCUUGGAGGCAGUGAUGUAGACGAGCGCAGAGUCGAGUCGAUAGCAAGGUGGAUCUAGAGGUGGCAGAACUAGACGGGAGAUUGUGAUUGUGCGAACUGUGAUAAUGAUAUCAACUUUGUUCAUUUACAACCAAUAACUCUGAUGGUUUGAAGAACUCAUGUACAUGUACUGUGAAAGUUUGUUGCCUCGAAAUGUGAAGAACAAAUUUCCUGUGUGGAACAAGGAAAACAUUAAUCACAUUAUACAUGUAAGCCCAAGCAUUGAGAUGCUAGCCUUUGCAUCUUUGAACGGAAUGUUGCAGAUAUGUACUUUGGAUAGUUGUUUAUUAUGCAGUGGUCUAUGACUUCUCAUUUUUAUAUUGAAAAGAUAGCCAAUGGGCAUUAAUGUGGUAUCUUUAUACUGGCUCAAUAGAUGUUAUGAUCACACCAAUUGAUGGCUGAUGAUCGUUAAAGGGGAAAGAUCAUUUAGAAUAUUUUUUGUAGUUAUUUGCCCUUGAUAUUCACCUUUUGUUGCCUGUCUUGUUUCAGCAUGUCUAAAGCCAUUUUGAAGUUGAGUAAUUGGCAAAGAGGAAUAAUGAAGGUAGUUAUUUUUGCUUAAUGAGCUUUUUAAAAGAACAUUUAGCCUGCUUUGUGAUGUUUCUUUUAUUUAUUUACUAGUAGAGUCAUAACUAAUAUAUUGUUAAUUGGACUGUGA